UGCCGUGCGUGCGCGGCGUGUGACUGAAAGCAGAAAACGCGCCAGGAGACAUGACCCCUUUCACAUUUCGUUGAAAACCAAACAACAACAACAACAACAACGAGAAACCGACUUCUUCUCCUCGCUGCGUGAGUGACAGCGGCGUCGCUGGCAGAGCGGGCCGAGGGAGAAGCGGCUGUGCGCGUUCCUCACGCCUGACUCCUCAACUCGGCUGUCUGACCUUCACAGCAGCGGUGCCGCAACACUCUUUCGGGCUGGACUGCGGUGCGUUGACGUCGGCUCGCCCUCCCCUCCCCCCUCGCCCCCCAGCAAUGGCCUCACGCAUCGGCUUGCGAAUGCAGCUGAUGCGAGACCAGCUGCAGCAGGAGGAGCAGCGCGAGCGGCAGCAGCAGCAGCAGCAUGCGGCCCUGCAGUACAUGCAGCAACGCAUGUCCAUGCCUGCUGCACCAACCCCGGCCAUCAACACGCCCCAACACUACCAAAGCAUGCAGGUCCCCGUGGAGGUGCUCAAGGUACAGACCCACCUUGAAAACCCCACAGAUUACCACAUCCGCCAGUCUCAGAAACAGCAGGUGAAGGAGUACCUGUCGACCACCUAUGCCACAAAGCAGACGGUCCACGCGGUAGCCGGGGGGAUGCAGCCCUCGCCUCCGCCCUCUUUGGCUCCCCCGGGGAACUCGGCGUCUGCGCCCCCUCUUCUUCACUCCCCUCGCAUACGCACGGAGCAGCUCCUGUCUGGAAACAGCGCCCCCAACAGCCCCAUGGCCAUGCUCAACAUCGGCUCCAACCACGAGAACGAGAUGGAUGAGGUCAUUGAUGACAUCAUUAGCAUGCAGUCAAGCUACGAUGACAUCCAGGCGUACAUUGACCCCGUCCAGAUGCCCAACACUCUUCCCCUGUCCAGCAGUCAACUGGAUGUGUAUGCUGGUCCUGGGAUGACAGGGCCAACCAUCGCUAUGACCAGUAACUCCUGCCCUGCCAAUCUGGCCAUCAAACGGGAACUGUCAGACGCAGAAGCCCGUGCAAUGGCCAAGGAGAGACAGAAAAAAGACAACCACAAUCUGAGCCCAACCGACGGUGACAAGCUCCACACCUGCUGA